UAUGAAAAUAGCUGUCAACAUUUUAUUUUGUUACAGGUAUUCUCGUAAUGAGCUCAUCGAAGGUAUUUAUUCAGGGUUUGAUCGGCAUAAUGGAGAAAUAGCUGCAUUCCAUCUUAGUAGACUUCUAGACCUGCGGAUGGCGCCCCUUACUGUUGGUCGCAACGUGUCUCUCAAAAGACAGAUUCUGCCUGUUUCAACUAGGAGACUUAGCAAAACGUUCUUCCCAGGGAGAGCGGGUCAAAUGUGCUUCUAUGGUGUUUGUCACUACUGCCAAAAAAAUGAAUCUGUCUGCGAGAACUUUCACUCACUAGAGGGCUCUGUGAUCAUGUGGCUGCCAAAGAGACUCCGACUCCUUGAAGAACCUCACCCUUGGAGACGCACAUAUGUAAAGAACAAGUUUACAAAAUGGGAGAAAAAUGAAAGUUAUUGUGAAAGAGUGUUACAGAGUAGUCAGGCACCAAGACUAUUGCAUUUGAUGGAUGCAGCUGUUUUUGACUUCCUGAUACAGAAUGGAGACCGGCAUCACUAUGCUCGUGUUGCAGGCUCAGACGACUCUCCUGUUGUUUUGAUAGACAAUGGCAAGAGAGCUGAAGUUGGCGCUCUCAUAUCAGACUGGCAAUAG